AUGCUCUCAGGCAGGUGGUGGCCAACAACCUGGGGGAGCCUAGGACUGGGCCCCCGAAACCCUUCUCGUGGAUCCCGGCUCUGUGCCCUCUACGCUUUCACCUACACUGGGGCAGAUGGCCGGCAGGUGUCCCUAGCUGAAGGGGACAGAUUCCUCCUGCUUCGAAAGACCAACUCAGACUGGUGGCUGGCAAGGCGCCUGGGAGCCCCCUCCACGUCUCGGCCCAUCUUUGUCCCAGCUGCCUACAUGACUGAGGAAUCUGUUCCUUCCCAGAACCCAGACACCCUCUCCUCCAACUGGAUUCCAGGGCUAAAUUUAUUUCCUGGAUCCCUGGAGGAACUUCACAUGCCUCAGUCACCUCCAGGCCUGACCCAGGAUACUUCUGAGCAACCUCCUCCUCUUCCCCCCAAAAUGUGCAGAAGUGUCAGUGUCACCAAUCUGAGGUCUACCCUCCCAAAGCCCUUUCAGGAUGGACCCAGUGGAAGAUCCCUGUCCCAGGAAGACUUGCUGGCAGAGGCCCAUGCCAACAUGGCUGGAGUGGGGGCCCAGCCUCUCAUGUCAGAGCCUCCAGUCUACUGUAACCUGGUGGACCUUCGCAGCUGCCCUUCGUCCCCACCCUCAAGCCCAGCUCACCCCCCGCUGCAGAAGCUGGAUGCCUGGGAACAGCACCUGGACCCUGUCUCUGGACGCUGCUUCUACAUCAACUCGCUCACCGGCUCCAAAUCCUGGAAGCCCCCGCGCAGGGCACGGGCCCAGGACACGAAACCCAGCUCUAUGGACAAGAUGCAGAAUCUAAACCAGGAUAGCCAUGCCCUGCAACUUCGGGCUGGCACCAUGGGGACCCCAGAACUGCCCCAUCCCCAGGGUUCCCUUAGCCUCCACCUGAACGCCUCUAGGCUCAGCCCCCCAGUUCUGCCGCAGCUCCUGGAGGACCCCCACGAGGUGGAGAAGUCAGGCCAGCUCAAUGUGACCAAAAUCGCCUUGGGGGGACGCAAGCUCAGGAAGAACUGGAGCCCGUCUUGGGUGGUGCUGGCUGGGAACAGCUUGGCGUUCUACCGGGAGCCACCGCCUGCAGGACCCUCCAACGUGUGGGGCCCAGCGGGUAGCCGGCCUGAAAGCAGCGUGGAUCUGCGGGGGGCGGCCUUGGCCCAUGGCCGCCACCUGUCCAGUCGUCGCAAUGUCCUGCACAUCCGCACGGUCCCGGGCCACGAGUUCCUGCUGCAAUCGGACCUGGAGUCAGAACUGCGCGCCUGGUACCGAGCUCUGCGCGCUGUCAUCGAGCGCCUGGAUCGGGAGAACCCCCAGGAACUGCGACUGUCGGGCUCAGGGCCCGCGGAGCUGGGCGAGCUGAGCGCUGGGGAGGACGAAGAGGAGGAACCGGAGCCGGAGCCGCCGUCCAAAUCUCUGCUGCGGAUCCCCGGCUGGCGGACCUCCAGUCGCGGUCCAGAAGGGACCGAGCAAAAUCGGGUGCGCAACAAACUGAAGCGGCUGAUCGCCAAGAGACCACCCUUGCAAAGCCUGCAGGAGCGGGGUCUCCUCCGAGAUCAAGUAUUCGGUUGCCAGUUGGAAUCGCUGUGCCAGCGGGAAGGGGGUACCGUGCCCAACUUUGUGCGACUCUGUAUUGCUGCUGUGGACAAGAGAGGUCUAGAUGUGGAUGGCAUUUACCGGGUCAGUGGGAACUUGGCGGUGGUCCAGAAGCUGCGUUUCCUGGUUGACCGAGAGCGCGCAGUCACCUCUGAUGGCAGAUACGUGUUUCCACAACAGCCAGGACAAGAAGGCCGCUUAGAUUUAGACAGCGCGGAGUGGGAUGACAUUCAUGUGGUCACUGGUGCCCUGAAGCUUUUUCUCAGGGAGCUCCCCCAGCCUCUGGUGCCCCCACUGCUGCUGCCACAUUUCCGUGCUGCCCUUGAACUUUCAGAAUCAGAGAAGCGCCUGUCCCAAAUACAAGAAUUAAUCAGCUCAAUGCCAAAACCCAACCAGGACACACUGCGGUUCCUCCUGGAGCAUUUGUGCAGGGUGAUAGCACACUCCGAAGAGAAUCGCAUGACCCCCCACAACCUGGGAAUUGUGUUUGGACCAACCCUAUUUCGGCCAGAGCAGGAGACAGUCGACCCUGCUGCGCAUGCGCUCUACCCGGGACAGCUGGUGCAGCUGAUGCUCAUUGACUUCCCCAGCCUCUUCCCCUGACGGCGUGUUUGCAGCGACCUCUGUUGGGCGC